CUUGAACAGUGACAAGUUGUGUUUUAUGGACUGGGACCCAUCAUGAAGAACUGCUGGGUCUUUUCACUUCUCCUGGGUUCACUCUUCAUUCUUGGUCAUUGUGUUUUUCCUCCUGGUUCUUGUGAUGGAUACACAAACAUAACUGAACCAUGGCGUAACCAUUUAUUUAAAUCAUCUUCAUUUGUUGGCUACCCAAAGAAUGAUGCACAUCUUGUUAAUAAGUGGUGGCGCUUCACAGGGAUUGGUGGAGACAGAGUCAUUACAAGUUGCAAAGGAGGCCCUAUUGGUGGUACCCAAUACGCCAUCCGUGUUCCAUUUUCAUAUCCAACAACUGAAUCUGAAACUCCAACAACAGGAACUGCAUAUGGAGAUGUUGGAUCUUGUGCUGUGUAUGGCAUUACAAUGACAGUGUCGCUGUGUCCUGGAGGAUUCUACAUAUACAAACCAUCAAGUCACCCACGUAGCAGUAUGGGUUAUGUAACAUAUCAUUAUGAGUGUAACCUUGACUCCUGUGGACCACUUGCUGAGUGUUCAACUGAAGGAGGCUGUAUUUGCGUUACUGGGUAUGAACUCCCCCCAGAACACCUGCCCACUCCAGAUUCAUAUGGCUGUGUCGACAUUGAUGAGUGCCAGAGGACCUCAGGGAUUUGUGGUUCUUACUCCACUUGUAAUAACACCAUUGGAGCAUACUACUGUACCUGUCUGGAUGGAUUCAGUGCAACAGAUCCAACAUUACCACCUGGAAAGUCCAACCCAUGCAAAGAUAUUGAUGAAUGUCUUGACAAUAUCUGUGGUGAUCAUGGGACCUGUCUCAACAACCCAGGAAGUUAUGCAUGUGAAUGCCAUACAGGCUACCAGGUUGUACCCGACGCAACACCUGUUUGCCAAGAUAUCGAUGAGUGUUUCAACUCCACCGUCUGUGGCCCUGACUCUGUUUGCACCAAUACACCUGGAGCUCAUACCUGUGAAUGUGAACUUGGUUACACACCAACUCAACAAGCUGAAGAGCCCAGCGAGACCAACAUCUGUAUUGAUGUUGAUGAGUGUGACAAAGAUGCUACUGUCUGUGGUCCUAAUGCCAACUGCACAAAUUCAAUUGGAUCUUACAUUUGCACCUGCUUUCCUGGUUUUCGGCUGAACAACCCAGGCGUGAUAGCCAGCGUUUCUAACCCAUGCACAGAUAUAGAUGAGUGCAGUGAGACACCUGGUAUAUGUGGUAGACAAACUGUUUGUACUAAUGUACCUGGGACCUUCUAUUGUUCUUGUCCUGAUGGAUUCUACCCUUCAACUGGAAUUGUGUGGACGUUAGGGGUCUCAUUUUGUAAAAGUCUUCAGGAGAUUUUAGAUGAGAUAAAACCACCAGAGGGACAGACAAAAGAGAGAGCUUUUCUUGGCAAUAUGAACCAACAACUGAAAGACAAUACAGGCAUCAUCUUACCAGAACCAACUGUGGCAAACAGCUUCUCAGCAUCUAUGGAAGUGUCAGGUGUUGGACCACGCGCCAGGUCAAUCAGGGUGAGUAGUGAAGGAGAUGGGGAGACUGGCAGUGUGAUCCUGGGCAUCUCAGACCGUUUAGUGUCUGCAAUGGUGCAGCCAGGUCAGAACCAAACCAAGAGGACUGUGAAGAGUCCAACAGUGGAUUUAAGUCUCGAAACUAUUGGUCCUGGGAGCAACAAUGCAGAGAGCUCUUCUCUCUCAGCCAAAGGAAACAUCAUGGAGAUCAACCUGGAAAGUCUGGCCAAAAAUAACAAUGGCUCUGCAGCAGCUGCCUUCAUGACACUAAAUGGGAUGGAGAGUCUUCUCAGUCAUCAAUAUUUUGAAACAGAAAACAGGACAGAGAUGUACUCUGAUGUCAUCACUGCAGUCUUACCCUCAAUGAACAAUACCAACCUCACCGAGCCCGUCAACUUUACCAUCCAUCACAAGAAGACAUUAACAGAAUCUGGUUUGGUGACCUGUGUGUACUGGGAGGACAAAACAGAAGAGACAGGAAUGGGAGACGGAAGUGAAAAGGGAGGAGAAAAGACCAAGACCAUGCGUUGGUCAGUAGAGGGAUGUUGGGUUGCAUUCACCAAUGAAAACUACACAGUGUGCAGCUGCUCUCAUCUCUCCACAUUUGCCCUCAUCAUGCAGAUAGGGGAGCCUCCACCAGAGGAUCCAUUUCUAGAGUGGCUAAACCGAAUAUGUGUGAUAGUCGGACUAUUCUUCUUUGGUUUGGCCAUCCUCACCUUCCUCCUGUGUAGCUGGAACCCCAAGAUCAACAACACAGCCCGUCUUCACCUGUGCCUCAGCCUCUCCUUAUCUCAUCUACUGCUACUGUGGAAUGACAAAUAUGUUGAAGAAGAGCUGGCCUGCACUGUCAUGGCGGGUCUUCUCCACUUCUUAGUUGUUGCAAGUUUUGUGUGGAUGCUGCUGGAGGCACUACAGCUCUACCUGUUGGUCCGAAGGCUCUCCAAAGUGCAGGUCAUCCAGAGAGAUGGCCUCCCCAGGCCACUUCUCUACCUGAUUGGCUACGGCGUUCCAUUUGUGAUUGUGGGUACUUCUGCUUUGGUUUAUUCUGAUGGAUAUGGUGCUACCGAGGCAGAUGUGUGCUGGCUCUCUAGACAGCGCAAUUUUAACUGGGCUUUAACAGGCCCUGUGAUUGCUGUCCUUGGACUUAACUGGAUAUUGUUCUGUGCAACUCUAUGGAGUCUGAGACCCACCUUGGCCAACAUGAAAAGUGAUGUUUCUCAAUCCAAAGACACCAGGUUGAUUGUGUUCAAGAUCGUGGCCCAGUUUGUCAUACUGGGCUGUACCUGGAUUCUGGGACUGUACCAGACGAAUCUGUUCUUUCAGGUCCUGUUUAUAAUUCUGAACUCCCAGCAGGGCACCUUCCUCUUCAUCGUCCACUGUGUGCUCAAUAAGGAGGUACGAGAGGAAUACGUGAAAUGGCUGACCUGUUCUUUCAAUAAGCACAGAGAAGGAGGAUCUGUGAAAGAUGCGCCGUCAGUCUCCGAGGACAUGGACAAGGCUGAAGAACGGACAGGCUAAUGCUGAUGAAAUGAGUAUAACAAAAGAGAAGAGAAAUAUAAGCCUUAUUUAAUUUUUGUCAUUACGUCAUACUUACGUCACAAUUUAUUGUUGUCAUUGUUGUUGUGGUUGGGGAUGGUAGGUAAUCAAAUGUGUAGCCUAUGUGUAUGUGUGUUUCAGCUUCUGCUGUACGGGUGACAUUCACUUUGAGACAACACAAAACAAUACCUGCCGUAAACAUAAAGUUGUCAUUAUUGCUUUAUUAUUGCAGUUAUUUUCCUUAGUCAAUUCAGUUUUUUCUAUUUCUUUAUGUAGACUCUGGUUCAUGAUCCAGACACCUGAACUAAUAUGCAUGAAAGUUCAUAGCUUUUGGGACUAUAUACAACAGCAUGUAAAAUGUCAUGUCAACCACUAACCUCUACAGUGCACAGAUGCAUAUUUGUGACAGGGCUAAUAGCUACUUUUGGUUGGUGUUGAGGUUUUUUUUUUUAACUCUUCCUAGAACAAGUGGUAACUAAGGAACUAUACUUAACUGUGUAAUCUCUGGGUCCGUCGUAUGAACACUUCACACACAGUAUUUUUGUGAACUCAUUAGUAUAUUUUGUGUGCUUUGUCUGUUGUGGUUUGUAUUGCUUUGAGGCCAUAAUAAACUUCGGUUGUCUCUGA